AAUAGAGAGGCGCGGGCUGUAGGAGGCUGGCACUGGAGCCUCGGAAGGCAAAGGGAAAGCAGCGCCGAGCGCGCGCCCUCGUCCCUCCCCUUGCAGCGGCGUGCGCCCGGCGGCUGCCGCCUGCACCUGCGGGUCCCCAAGGGGGGCGCUGCCUCAGCAACCGCAGCCGUCGCCGCCUAGACUGUGGGAGCCGCGUCCGGGAGCAGCCCGGAGUGGGGGAGCAGCGAUGAGCAGCGAUCCGGACCGCGAGUGCCCGGUAGACGGAGAUAUUGAUCAGCAAGAGAUGGUUCCAAGUAAGAAGAGCGCUGUUCUCGUGGAUGGGGUCAUACUGAAUGGUCCCACAACAGAUGCAAAAGCGGGAGAAAAAUUUGUUGAAGAGGCCUGUAGGCUAAUAAUGGAAGAGGUGGUUUUGAAGGCUACAGAUGUCAAUGAGAAGGUUUGCGAAUGGCGAUCUCCUGAACAGCUGAAACAACUUCUAGAUUUGGAGAUGAGAGACACAGGAGAGCCACACCACAGGCUGCUGGAACUCUGCCAGGAUGUCAUUCGCUACAGCGUCAAAACUAACCACCCAAGAUUUUUCAACCAGUUAUAUGCUGGACUUGAUUAUUAUUCGUUGGUGGCCCGAUUUAUGAUAGAAGCAUUGAACCCAAGUGUUUAUACGUAUGAGGUGUCCCCAGUGUUUCUGUUAGUGGAAGAAGCGGUUCUGAAGAAAAUGAUUGAAUUUAUUGGCUGGAAAGAAGGGGAUGGAAUAUUUAACCCAGGUGGUUCAGUGUCCAAUAUGUAUGCAAUGAAUUUAGCUAGAUACAAAUAUUGUCCUGAUAUUAAGGAAAAGGGGCUGUCUGGGUUGCCAAGAUUAAUCCUUUUCACAUCUGCGGAGUGUCAUUACUCCAUGAAGAAGGCAGCCUCCUUUCUUGGGAUUGGUACUGACAAUGUUUGCUUUGUGGAAACAGAUGGAAGAGGUAAAAUGAUACCCGAUGAACUGGAGAGGCAAAUCUGGCAAGCCAGGAAGGAGGGAGCAGCACCAUUUCUUGUCUGUGCCACUUCUGGUACAACUGUGUUGGGAGCCUUUGAUCCUCUGGAUGAAAUAGCUGACAUCUGUGAGCGGCACGGCCUCUGGCUUCAUGUGGAUGCUUCUUGGGGUGGCUCAGCUUUGCUGUCAAGGAAGCACCGCAAACUUCUGCAUGGCAUCCACAGAGCUGACUCUGUGGCCUGGAACCCCCACAAGAUGCUGAUGGCUGGAAUUCAGUGCUGUGCUCUCCUUGUAAAAGACAAAUCUGAUCUUCUUAAGAAAUGCUACUCUGCCAAGGCAUCUUACCUCUUCCAGCAGGAUAAAUUCUAUGAUGUCAGCUAUGACACAGGAGACAAGUCUAUCCAAUGUAGCAGGAGACCAGAUGCAUUCAAGUUCUGGAUGACUUGGAAGGCUCUGGGCACAUCAGGCCUUGAAGAAAGAGUUAACCGUGCUCUGGCUUUAUCUAGGUACCUAGUAGAAGAAAUCAAGAAAAGAGAAGGAUUCAAGUUACUGCUGGAACCUGAAUAUGCCAAUAUUUGCUUUUGGUACAUUCCACCAAGCCUCAGAGAGAUGGAAGAAGGACCCGAGUUCUGGGCAAAACUUAAUUUGGUGGCCCCAGCCAUUAAGGAGAGGAUGAUGAAGAAGGGAAGCCUGAUGCUGAGCUACCAGCCGCACCGGGGGAAGGUCAACUUCUUCCGCCAGGUGGUGAUCAGCCCUCAAGUGAGCCGGGAGGACAUGGACUUCCUCCUGGAUGAGAUAGACCUACUGGGUAGAGACAUGUAGCUGUGGCUUUUGGUCCCCCAGAGACAUGGAUCCCGUCCCGGGGAGGGUUACAGAUCCAGAGAGUCUGGGGACACAUAGGAGAUUGCAGCCCUUCUGGUGAGAAAUAGAAAGCAUGCUCCAUCCAGGCCCAGCAAAACCAAAAUGCUAAGCCAAUAGUGUUAAGGACUCUUUAGCUGCCUGGGCACUACUGUUGCUAUAAAGCAGGAAGUGAAAAUGGAUUUUCUCAAGGAUUGGCCCUGGGACACAGCCUUGAGGAGAGUUUUGUAAGUACCACGUGGGGCCUGAGUUCUAAGCUUGCAUUGCUCUUUAGAGAACAUAUAAAUUAAUAGUCUAAAGCAGCAGUUCUCAAAGUGUGGUCCCUAGACCAGCAGCAUCAGCAUCAUCUGGGAACUUGUUAGCCAUGCAGAUUCUCAGCCCCAUCCCAGACUUGCUGAAUCAGAAACUCUUGGGUGGUGCCCAGUAUUCUGUAUUUUAAGGAGCCCUCCAGGUGAUGGCAAGGCAAGGUAAAAUCUGAGAGGCAGUGGUUUAGUGAAAUCUUGUAAUGAUGGAAGAAUCACCGUGAUGUUUGGCUGGCAAAGUGAUAUCUAAUAUCUCAGCAGCCCCUGAGCCAGUCUGAAAAUACAGCUGUGGCAUCUGUAGCACAAGUGUUUAGGGGCAUCAGAAGUAUAUCGAAGCUAUUUUUUAAAAGAGAAACUGUAUGAGAUGUUUCCUAACUCACUUCCCAAAAGCAUUUGUGUCAUUAGCUGGGAGUGGACAUUAGAUAUGUAUGUCUUUAACCAUGUACCUCUUCAGUUUGAGGGGCCCAUUUCUUAUCUUGCUCUCUGCUUGUAGGAAAUAACGAGAAUCAAGUCCAGGGUUAUACAACAUUCCCUUUCUCAAGCUUUGAAAUGUCUGUUUAGACUCUUAAGUGGUUUAUUUUGGGCAGAGAAUCUGGGAAUUAGACGCAUUUCGAUGCAAACAUCUCCUCCAUUUCUCCCGGGAGUGGAUGAUAGUAAUUCUAUUUCUGAUCCUGGUCCUAGAUUUCUAGGAGAAUUUUCUUUGGCUAAGAAAUAAACAAAAUUCAGAGGGGUGAGUGCAGAGUUCAACAAGGUAAGAUUACGCACCUAAUUAGACUCCGAUUUGGAAGGCAAAUGAUUGAAGCGCGCUCAAGUAUUAGAUUUAGUGUAUUCAAUAACCUUUUCAUACUCCAUCAUUAACUUGUAUCGUUUAAAUUUUGAAGAGUAAGAAGCAGAUGUGUACUAUUUGCUUUUAUUCCAUAUUUGCAUUUUAGGGUGUGUGGUUUCUCUGUAUCUCUGUUGGUCAAAUAUUUUAAUCUUUCUCUGAAUUACUUCAAUCUCUGGUGAUAACUAUCUGUGUGUGUUUUGAAUUUCUUGUUGCCUUUUUGUUUUAAUGUCUUCAUAAAAUGUUCCUGAAAUUGAUGUUUGCAAUACUUUGAGCUUCGUGAAAUUAAA